AAAAAAUAAGAUUUCAAGUUUUAGAAAUAAAACAUAUUUUGAGACUCAGCAAAAAUUUAAAACAACCUUUAUUGACAAGUAUUUGAAGGUGGGGUCUAAUUUAGAUGUUUUGAGCCUAGGGUCUCAAAGCUCACCCCCUUAACAGAUUCGUCUGGUACGCGACGGGCCGACUUCGAUCGUAACACCAUCUGCUUUCUCUCUCCUGUUUCUCUCUCUAGAAUUGAUGUGGGAUAUUCUUGCAGCGGGGGUUUUAUGCCGAGAUCCCUGACCACUGCUCUUGGGCGGACCCAGCGAUGCUUAUUCUCUCUGCUUUAAUUGAAUUUGAAGGAACCCAUCACCUCUGUUUCUCACUCUAAACCUUAUCUUUACCUUUCCUGUCCUGCGAGACAUGGGAUCUUGUGAGAGAUUGAAAAGUUGCAGAGAAUACAUGGAGGCCUUAGAAGAGGAGAAGCGCAAGAUCCAGGUGUUUCAGCGUGAGCUCCCCCUUUGUUUGCAUCUAGUGACACAAGCCAUUAAUACCUGUAGGGAACAGCUUGAACUUUCGAACGAAGAGGUGCCGGCUCGAUCAGGGUAUGGUGAGACUUCGGGCGAGGACCCUCCUUUUGAAGAAUUUUUUCCUUUGAAAAGAAGCACUUCUGAAACAACACAGGCUCCUGCUGGAGAGAAGAAGAGGAAACCAGAAGACCAAAACGAUAAGCCAGAUUGGCUCAGGUCGGUUCAGCUUUGGAACUCUGAUGCAGAUCCAUCAAGAAAUGAGGAUGCAGGUUUGAAUCCGAAAUUAGGAACUAAGAAACAGAGAGGAGCAUUUCAGCCCUUUUCUAGAGAGAGAGAAGGGCGAGCCGAAGCGGUUUCAGGGAGUGGAAAUGAACGGGUGAAAGUAAGGGAGAAGGAGAGAGAGAGAGAGAAGGAAGGGCAGCCGAACAGGAAAUCAAGGAGAUGCUGGUCCCCUGAGUUGCACCGCCGUUUCUUGCAUGCGCUUCAGCAACUAGGAGGCUCACAUACUGCUACUCCGAAGCAAAUCAGAGAACUGAUGAAGGUAGAUGGCCUCACCAAUGACGAAGUCAAAAGCCACCUGCAGAAGUAUAGACUCCACACAAGGACGCCAGCAGCUGUCCCGGCUUCGCAGCCCAUAAAUCCUCAGGCCCCUCAAUUUGUUGUGGUGGGGGGCAUUUGGGGACUCCCAGAAUAUGCAGUUCCAACCCCAUCCCCUGUUACUUGCGGUGCAAUCUACGCUACCCCAAUCAGACCACUGCCACCACCAUGUCAGGAAGCACAUCAGGAGAAGUGCUCUCCUACCGGACCCUUGCACUCAGAUGCCGGCCAAGGAGUGCAGAGGGAGGGUGGUGCCUCAUUUAGAGAUGAACAUAGUGCUUCUGCCUCUUCUUCUUCAGCUCGUGCUGUCUCCUCUGAAGGAAAUUCAGCAGUUCUAUGAUUCUUUCCUGCUUUCUUUCUUGUACAAUGUGUAGUUUACAUUUCAUUGUUUUGUUGUCCACAAAUAAAACUCAUAGUUUUGAUCUACUUCUCGAUGUCGCCUCUUCAGAUGUGAGACAAAGAUGGUAUGAAGCUUAGUGGAAGCAAAUGAUUAAUUUUUUCUAAUAUUUGUUUUAAAAGAGAUUACUAUUUUCUUCAAUGGUGAUUGAUGUUGGAGUUA